AUGGCUGGGUUCCCAGUAGGCGGCGGCGGCGGCGGCGUGGGGGGGAGUGGCGGUCACAACCAGCCCCCCUUGGAGCCGAUCCCACAAGACAGCCUUUUUUUCUACCCUAGGGAAGGAGGAAGGGUCCCCGAGGAGCUCGCCACCUACACCAAGGGUUUCGAGCUAUGGCAGCAGCACCACCUGCUGGAAGAUGGCGGGGCCUCCAGCAGCGGCGGCGCCGUGAGUUGCCGUGAUUGCGGCAAUCAGGCCAAGAAAGACUGCAUGUACACGCGGUGCAGGACCUGCUGCAGGAGCCGGGGCUUUCAGUGCCCUACACACAUCAAGAGCACUUGGGUUCCCGCUGCCAAGCGCCGGCAGCGAGCCGCUGUGAAGCUUUCCAAGAGACCGAGGGAGAUUGGCGGUGCCGCCAUCACCACCACCACUACCUCCUCCAGCACGUCAGGUAUUUCUUCCUCCCCGUCCCUUCUAUCUCCGCUACGGCUGCAGCCCGCUGAUAUCUCUUCUUCUUCAUCAUCAUCAUCUUCGUCUUCUUCCUCGUGUGGGUUUAUGCAGGAGGGAUCGAGGCGGCCAGGAACUUCCCCCCGGAGCUGAGCUCGGAGGCGGUUUUCCGCUGUGUCAGGGUGAGCGCAGUGGACGAGGCGGAGCAGUACGCGUACCAGACAACCGUCAACAUCGGCGGCCACGUCUUCAAGGGCAUUCUCUACGACCAGGGCCCGGAUCCUCAGGGGGCUUCCUCUUCCUCUCCCGCUGUCUCUCUCGCCGCCACUGCAACUGCACCCGGCAGCGUCGCCAUGUUCGACCAGGCCUCUCUAUAUGCAACUCCUCUCAGUGCCCUCAUGGCUGGUACCCAGUUCUUCCCUCACCGCCAGCGGCCCUAG